AAAAAAAAACAUAUUACAAUCAAAAACUACACAAAAAUGGCCCUGCGACGUUGUCAUCUAAAUCCGAAGAAAACUUUAUUCCUGCUAUGCGACAUACAGGAAAAGUUUCGGCCUGUUAUGCCGCUUUUCGACAACAUGAUCAAGAAUGUUGACAAGUUGACCAAAGCGGGCAAAGCCUUGGAUGUACCACUUAUCGUCACCGAGCAUUAUCCCGAGAAGCUGGGCAAAACUGUGGCCCAGCUGGAUGUGAGCCACGCAAAACUGGUGUCCGGUAAGACGCUCUUUAGCAUGGUUACACCGGAGGUGAAAGCCGUAAUCAAGGAUGUCUUUAGCGAUAAGCCGGAAGAUGUGGUCCUGUACGGCUUGGAGUCGCACAUUUGUGUGGAACAGACAGCCAUUGAUCUCUUGGAGCAGAACAUCAACGUAUACAUUGUGGCGGACUGCUGUUCUUCCAGGCUAAACCAGGAUCGGGACUUGGCCUUGGAUCGAUUGCGCCAGGCUGGCUGUGUGAUAACCACCAGCGAGAGCGUGAUCUUCGAUCUUGUCCGAGAUAAGAAUAAUGCAAAAUUCGAUGUGAUACGCAAGCUGGUCAGUCAGCCCUCGGUGGACAUGGAACUGACGCGCUCUGGAGCCGGUCUGCCGGCAGGCACUGCGAAAUUGUGAGAAGCCUCUUCUGUGGCUUUAUCCCAUCCUUUUUUCGUGAUGACAAAUGCAUUUGUAUUCAAAUC